GGAUAUAUACACCAGGGAUAUAUACACCAGGGAUAUAAGCGACACCUGGAGGCAGGUGAAACAGAUGAGGGUUUGACAUGAAUAUGGAGAAAAAUAUACUGCUACUAUUUUCACAUUAGUAUAACAAUAUUACCAUACAAUUCUAGGAAACGGAAGAUUAAUAUAUAUGUUAUUUGAGAGAAUAAACCAAAUGCAUCUGCCAUUGUCCUUCUACACUACUGGUGUUAAAUUAACAGUGUGUUUGUGAAGUCAUGAUGAUCUCUUUGUCAGGCUGUCAGGCUGUGGAGUCACAGAGGAAGGCUGUGCUUCUCUGGUCUCAGCUCUGAGGUCAAACCCCUCACACCUGAGAGAGCUGGAUCUGAGUAACAAUGACCUGAAGGAUUCAGGAGUGGAGCUGCUCUCUGCUGGACUGGGGAAUCCCCAAUGUAAACUGGAGACUCUGAGGCUGUCAGGCUGUCAAGUCACAGAGGAAGGCUGUGCUUCUCUGGUCUCAGCUCUGAAGUCAAACCCCUCACACCUGAGAGAGCUGGACCUGAGCUACAAUCACCCAGGAGACUCAGGAGUCAGACUGCUCUCUGCUGGACUGGAGGAUCCCCACUGCAGACUGGAGAAACUCAAUGUGGAACAUGGUGGAGAGAACACAAUGAAACCUGGGCUUAGAAAAUAUGUCUGUGAUCUCACACUGGACCCAAACACAGUAGACAGACUCCUCUCUCUGUCUGAGGAGAACAGAAAGGUGACAUGUAGGAGAGAGGAGCAGCCGUAUCCUGACCACCCAGAGAGAUUUGAGGUCUGGGGACAGGUGCUGUGUAGAGAGGGUCUGACUGGGCGCUGUUACUGGGAGGUAGAGUGGAGUGGGAGAGAGGCUGAUAUAGGAGUGACAUAUAAAGGAAUCAGCAGGAGAGGAAGGGUUAAUGACUGUUGUCUUGGAUGGAAUGACAAUUCCUGGAGUCUGUUCUGCUAUGACAACCAUUACAUUGCCUGGCACAGUAAUAAUCCCACUACCAUAGACGUCCCCUCCUCCAGCCCCCACAGAGUAGGAGUGUAUCUGGACUGGCCAGCCGGCACUCUGUCCUUCUAUAGAGCCUCCUCUGACACACUGACCCACCUGAUCACAUUCACCUCCACAUUCACUGAGCCCCUCUAUGCAGGGUUUUGGGUUUGUGAUGACUCCUCAGUGUCCCUGUAAAUAAUAACCUGACACACACACACACACACAUUGACACACACACACAUUGACACACACACACAUUGACACACACACACACACAUUGACACACACACACACAAACACCCACAUUGACACACACACUUUUAAUUUUAUUUUUCAGUGUAAUAAAAAAGAUCAGUUGUAAAUGUUUUAUGUUUUAGGCCUUUUAUGGCCUUUUAUGUUUGAUAUGAUGUUAGUAACACUCUGAAGUCAUUCCAUCUGUAAUGGUGUGGUCGGAAGGAGAAUGAACUUGAUAUAAACGGAGUCGCUAAAAAAUAACUCCAAAACCAAAAUAUACAAAAAUAAUAAAAAGUGGGUACAAAACCCAUCGCGCAUCAAACAAUCUCCAACUAGGACAUGAGGGGAAAGAGAGGGUUAAAUACACAACAUGUAAUUGAUGGGAUUGAAAGCAGGUGAAACAAGGCAAAACAAAUGGAAAAUGAAAAAUGAAAAAUGGAUCAGCGAAGCUAGAAGGUCGGUGACAUCGUCCGCCUAACAAGGCGGAAGUCGUGUCCUUUCUUUAAAGCUCUAAAGUGACUUUUUAUUGACAGAUGCCUCAUUUAAAUGUUCUGGAUGUUGAUGAAAGGAAAUCCCAUAAAGCCUUCUGGCCAGGACUUUAUUAUGGCAUCUUCUGAUUGGGUGUCUCAGGUCAGGACUUUGUUAUGACAUCUUCUGAUUGGGUGUCUCAGGUCAGGGCUUUGUUAUGACAUCUUCUGAUUGGGUGUCUCAGGUCAGGGCUUUGUUAUGACAUCUUCUGAUUGGGUGUCUCAGGUCAGAGCUUUGUUAUGACAUCUUCUGAUUGGGUGUCUCAGGUCAGGGCUUUGUUACGGCAUCUUCUGAUUGGGUGUCUCAGGUCAGGGCUUUGUUAUGACAUCUUCUGAUUGGGUGUCUCAGGUCAGGGCUUUGUUAUGACAUCUUCUGAUUGGGUGUCUCAGGUCAGGGCUUUGUUAUGACAUCUUCUGAUUGGGUGUCAGGUCAGGACUUUGUUAUGACAUCUUCUGAUUGGGUGUCUCAGGUCAGGGCUUUGUUACGGCAUCUUCUGAUUGGGUGUCUCAGGUCAGGGCUUUGUUAUGACAUCUUCUGAUUGGGUGUCUCAGGUCAGGGCUUUGUUAUGACAUCUUCUGAUUGGGUGUCUCAGGUCAGGGCUUUGUUAUGACAUCUUCUGAUUGGGUGUCAGGUCAGGACUUUGUUAUGACAUCUUCUGAUUGGGUGUCUCAGGUCAGGGCUUUGUUAUGACAUCUUCUGAUUGGGUGUCAGGUCAGGUCUUUGUUAUGACAUCUUCUGAUUGGGUGUCUCAGGUCAGGGCUUUGUUAUGACAUCUUCUGAUUGGGUGUCUCAGGUCAGGACUUUGUUAUGACAUCUUCUGAUUGGGUGUCUCAGGUCAGGGCUUUGUUAUGACAUCUUCUGAUUGGGUGUCUCAGGUCAGGACUUUGUUAUGGCAUCUUCUGAUUGGGUGUCUCAGGUCAGGUCUGAGCCAUGAUCAGAAUGUGUCUCUCUCUAUUUCCAGCCCUGCCAUUUCUACCUGUCCUGAUCUAGUGUUUGACCCCUGACCUCCUCACACCGUCUCACUGCCCAUGUCUGCUUUUAGCUCCCAACUCUACUUCACUGUGUUAUAAUGGACCUUAUGCUUGUUAUGUCACCUCUGUAACCAGGUAUCAAACAUACUGACCUUUCUGACCCUGUCCCAUGGCCCUACUUCACUGUGUUAUAAUGGACCUUAUGCUUGUUAUGUCACCUCUGUAACCAGGUAUCAAACAUAUUGACCUUUCUGACCCUGUCCCAUGGCCCUACUUCACUGUGUUAUAAUGGGCCUUAUGCUUGUUAUGUCAUCUAUGUAACCAGGUAUCAAACAUACUGACCUUUCUGACCCUGUCCCAUGGCCCUACUUCACUGUGUUAUAAUGGACCUUAUGCUUGUUAUGUCACCUCUGUAACCAGGUAACAAACAUACUGACCUUUCUGACCCUGUCCCAUGGCCCUACUUUCUAGAACUGAACAUUUAAAGUCCUCUGAGUUUUGUUUACUGUCCAUUUACCCAUUUAUUGAUGUAUUGUUGUAUAUUGGGGUUGUGCAGCAGAGCAUCAUGGGGGUUUGUAUGUGUAGAGAUGAUCAUGUUCCAGAUAAAUGGUUGAACUAA